AAAUAUCUUCCAUCUUAUAUAUCUCAUAAUAUCCAAACGUUUAAACCAACAAAAAAUGGCAACCUUCUUUGGAUCCCCAACACUUGUACCUCGCCCAGCUACAAGAACCAACCACCUCUCCUCAUCCUCACAGCCGCCGCCGUCUCAGCCACCAAACCAAGCCUCACCACCGCAAGCUCCUCCUCCUCAGCCGCCGCAACAACUGAGCUCAGCUUCUGCAGAGCCACCAUUGGCGGCCAAGCCAGAGCAAUUAAAGCCUAGCAGCAAGCCUCAACGCUCAACAACUGUGGAAUCCACCGAUUGGAUUGCCUCUAGCUUGACUAGGAGGUUUGGGCUCGGCGCCGGCCUUGCUUGGGCCGGAUUCUUGGCCUUUGGAGUCAUUUCUGAGCAGAUCAAGACUAGACUUGAAGUGUCUCAACAAGAAGCAAAUACUAGAGACGUUGAGAAGGAAGAAGAAGUGGUCUUGCCUAAUGGCAUAAGGUACUAUGAAUUAAGAGUGGGUGGUGGCGCAAUACCCCGGCCGGGGGACUUGGUGGUGGUUGAUAUCAAGGGAAGUGUGGAGGGCAGUGGAGAAGUUUUUAUAGACACAUUUGGUGGUGAGAAGAAACCUCUUGCCCUAGUAAUGGGGUCAAGACCUUAUAGCAAGGGCAUUUGUGAAGGCAUAGAAUAUGUUCUUAGAAGUAUGAAGGCAGGAGGGAAGAGGAGAGUGAUCAUUCCUCCAAAUCUAGGGUUUGGGGAAGAAGGGGCAGAUUUGGGACCAGGACUUGAGAUUCCACCAUCUGCAACCCUUGAAUAUGUUAUUCAACUUGAUAAAGUUUCCAUUGCUCCAGCUUGAAUUUUUUUCAUUUUCAUUUUCAUUUUCUUGGAAAUAUACUACAUACUAACAAGUUUAAUUUUAUGGUAAGUCCAAUAUUUUUCAGUAUUAAAUUCUCUCUUAUUAUUAAGUUGAUAGAUGGAACUUUUCU